AUGGAGGAAAAUAGCUUUGCCGGUAGCAUCCCCAAGGAAAUUCAGAAGCUUUCAAGCCUUGUGGAAUUAGAUAUUUCUAUGAAUGCAUUAUCAGGAAGCAUUCCGGCGUCUUUAGGAAAUUUAACCAAGUUAUACAAACUCGUCUUACAAGGAAAUAAUCUUGAAGACGUCAUCCCUUCAAGCUUGGAGAAUUGCCAGAGAGUUAUCGGCCUCCCAUCCUUAUCACUGCUUUUGAACUUGUCGACGAACAACUUUACGGGUUCUCUUCCGAUGGAGGUUGGAAAGUUGAAGAGUCUGGGUGUACUGGACGUUUCAAAUAACAUGUUAUCCGGAGAACUUCCUAGUAGCCUUGGUUCAUGUGAGAGUUUAGAAGUCUUACACUUGCAAGACAACUUCUUCAAGGGGUCUAUUCCCUCAUCUAUGAUCGGGAUGAAAGCCUUAGAAGAAUUAGACCUUUCUCGCAACAAUUUAUCGGGUGAAAUUCCAAAAUUCUUAGAGGGCUUUGUCUUGUUGAAGAAACUGGACCUCUCAUUCAAUGAAUUUUGGGGAGCGGUACCAACUGGAGGAGGUGCUUUUAAAAAUGCAAGUGCGAUUUCAAUUACUGGCAACACCAAGCUCUGCGGGGGAAUUGCUACAGCUUUGGGGUCAAUUUUGUAA